AUGCCUUGGCCCUUUUCGGAGUCCAUCAAGAAAAGGGCCUGCAGAUACCUGCUGCAGAGGUACCUGGGCCACUUCCUUCAGGAGAAAUUGAGCCUAGAACAGCUCAGCCUGGAUCUCUACCAAGGGACUGGAUCCCUUUGGCAGGUCCCCUUGGACAAAUGGAGUCUAAAUGAAAUUCUAGAGUCAGCAGAUGCACCUCUGGAAGUUACAGAAGGAUUUAUUCAGUCGAUUUCGCUCUCUGUUCCUUGGGGCUCAUUGUUACAAGAUAAUUGUGCACUAGAAGUGAAGGGAUUAGAGCUGGUGUUUAGGCCUAGGCCUCGAUUAGCAACUGGUUCUGAGCCUAUGUAUUGGUCAAGUUUCAUGACUAGCAGCAUGCAAUUGGCAAAAGAAUGCCUUAGCCAUAAAUUAACAGAUGAACAAGGGGACGGAUCACAGCCUUUUGAAGGACUUGAAAAAUUUGCUGAAACCAUUGAAACAGUUCUAAGAAGAGUGAAAGUUACUUUCCUGGAUACGGUUUUGAGGAUUGAGCAUAUACCAGAAAAUUCAAAAACUGGGACAGCACUUGAAAUUCGAAUUGAAAGAACUAUGUAUUGUGAUGAAACUGCUGAUGAAUGCUCUGGAAUCAAUGUACAUCAGCCUACAGCUUUUGCUCACAAGCUGCUUCAGCUUUCUGGAGUUUCUGUCUUUUGGGAUGAGUUUUCUGCAUCAGCAAAAUCUUCUCCAGGGUCUUCAACUGCACAAGUGUUGGAUGUUGAUGGGCAUGUAGACUCAAUACACCUAUUCCUCUCUCCAAGGCAAGUUCAUCUGAUUUUGGACCUUUUGGCUGCUAUAGCAGGACCAGAAAAUUCUGGUAAAAUAGUGCUACCCACCAAAGAUAGGAAAAAUCGACCAAUGCAGCAGGAAGAUGAAUAUCGAAUUCAGUUGGAAUUGAAUCGAUGUUUACGAAGAGACUCCCUCUCAGUGGGUGCAUCAUCUGAACAGAGUUUUUAUGAAACAGAAUCUGCUAGGACACCUUCUAGCCGGGAAGAAGAAGUUUUCUUCUCCAUGGCUGAUAUGGAUAUGUCCCAUAGUCUCUCAUCUCUUCCUCCUCUUGGAGAUCCCCCAAAUAUGGAUCUUGAUCUCUCCUUAACUAGUACAUUCACAAAUACUCCAGCAGGAUCUCCAUUGAGUGCCACUGUGCUUCAGCCAACUUGGGGUGACUUUCUUGAUCAGCAUAAAGAGGAACAACCAAUCAAAGGACCUCCAUUUUCAUCCAACUUAAUUCACCAAACUUCUUUACGAAGGACUUCUCUUCCUUCCAGAUCUGUUUCACUGGAUGAAUCCAGACCUGAACUUAUUUUUAGAUUAGCUGUGGGAACUUUUUCAGCCUCAGUACUUCACAUCGAUCCUUUAUCACCACCUGAAACUUCUCUGAACCUUAAUCCAUUGACUUCAAUGGCAUUGUAUUUCUUUACUUGCAUAGAAAAGAUUGAUCCAGUAAAAUUUCUGGCACAUGAUUUUGCAUCCUUCAGAGAAGUAUUUGCAGAGGCUUGCUCCCAUGACCAUCUUAGAUUUAUUGGUACGGGUAUCAAAAUAUCCUAUGAACAAAGACAAAGAUCGGCUUCUCAGUAUUUUAGUACUGAUAUGUCAGUUGGACAAAUGGAGCUUUUGGAAUGCUUAUUUCCUACUGAUUCUCAUACUGUUUCUACACAUUACACGGAGCUUUUAAGGUUUCAUUCCAAAAAAGGAAGUGAUUUACACCCCCCUACAUGUCUUCAGCUUCAUUAUAAACAUUCUGAUAAUAGAGGACCCCAGGGCAGUCAAGCACGACUUAGUUCGGUUCCUCAGAAAGCAGAAUUACAUAUCAAAUUAAAUCCAGUGUUUUGUGAACUCGAUAUUAGUAUUGUGGAUAGAUUAAAUUCCUUGCUUCAACCACAGAAACUUACCACAGUGGAGAUGAUGGCUUCUCAUAUGUAUACAUCUUAUAACAAGCACAUAAGUCUGCAUAAAGCCUUCACAGAAGUUUUUCUGGAUGAUUCACAUACGCCUCCAAAUUGUCAAAUAUCAGUACAAGUCACUACACCAGCAUUAAGCCUUGCUGUUCGCUUCCCAAUACCUGAUCUUCGAUCAGAUCAGGAAAGAGGACCUUGGUUUAAGAAGUCCCUUCAAAAGGAAAUCCUUCAUUUAGAAUUCACCAAUAUGGAAUUUAAGACAGAAUUCAUAGGAGGAUCAUCUCCAGAGCAAAUUAAAUUGGAACUUACUUUUAGAGAGCUAUUUGGUGCAUUCCAAGAAGAUAAAGGAGAACCAUUAGUUAAGUUUUUCCAAGUGUCUAGUGGAAUAGAUGGAGAUAUAACAUCAUCAGAUGACUUUGAUUGGCCACGGAUUGUGCUGAAAAUAAACCCAUUAGCUAUGCAUUCCAUUUUGGAGAGGAUAGCGGCAGAGGAAGAAGAAGAGAGUGAUGGUCACUUUCAGGAGGAAGAAGAAGGAGGAGCUCAUUCUCUGAAAGAUGUUUGUGAUCUAAGAAGACCAGAGCCAUCUCCUUUUUCUUCUCGUAGAGUAAUGUUUGAAAAUGAACAGAUGGUGAUGCCAGGUGAUUCUGUGGAGAUGACAGAGUUUCAAGACAAAGCAGUCAGCAACUCACACUAUGUUUUGGAACUUACAUUACCAAAUAUUUACUUAACAUUGCCAAAUAAAAUUUUUUAUGAGAAGCUCUAUAAUAGGAUCAGUAAUGAUUUGCUACUCUGGGAACCAACAGCUCCUUCACCUGUGGAAACACUGGAAAAUAUUUCAUAUGGUAUUGGGCUAUCAGUAGCCAGUCAAUUGAUUAAUACCUUCAACAAAGACAGUUUUAGUCAGUUUAAAUCUACAGUUCACUACGAUGAUGAGAGUGGAUCUGAGGAGGAGACUUUGCAGUAUUUUUCUACAGUUGAUCCAAACUAUCGAUCUCGUAGGAAGAAAAACCUUGAAUCUCAGAACAAGAACUCCCAGAGUUUUCUCUCUGUUCUUUUGAAUAUCAAUCAUGGAUUAGUAGCAGUAUUCACAGAUAUCAAGCAAGAAGACAGAGAGAUAUUAGAAAAUAAGCAUGGUGAAUUCUGGUUAGAGUUUAAUAGUGCUUCAUUAUUCUUCGUGACAAAAUAUGAAGGUUUUGAAGAUAAACACUACAUCUGUCUUCAUUCUGGCAGCUUCAGUUUAUAUCACCAAGGCAUGGUAGAUGGAGUGAUUCUUCCUUCUGAAAUACGACUUCCUACAACAACUCGCCCACAUUGGUUGGAACCCAUAAUUUAUUCAUCUGAAGAAGAUGGUCUUAGUAGAACUUCAGAUGGUGUUGGAGGAGACUGUUUAAGUAUGUUAUCUGUUGCUGUUAAAAUCCAGUCUGAUAAAUCAGAGAUGAAUACAAAGGAAUUUCUCAUUGCUGUGGGACUCAAAGGAGCUACUCUUCAGCACAAAGUACUUCCUUCUGGACUUAGCUGGCAUGAACAGAUUUUAUAUUUCAUGAAUAUUUCUGAUGAACCUGUUUUGGGAUAUAAUCCUCCAGCUUCCUUUACCACCUUUCAUGUUCAUCUCUGGAGUUGUGCACUUGACUAUAGGCCUCUUUAUUUGCCAACAAGAUCUCUUCUUACUGUGGAAACAUUUAGUAUUUCCAGUAGUGUUUCUUUGGAUAAAUCAUCAUCUACUCUAAGAAUUAUCUUGGAUGAGGCUGCUUUACAUUUGUCUGAUAAAUGUAAUACUGUGGCUGUAAACUUGAAUAGAGAUUACGUCCGUGUAAUGGAUAUGGGCCUUUUGGAAUUAACUAUCACAGCAGUGAAGUCUGAUUCUGAUGGGGAGCAAAAUCAACCUCGCUUUGAGCUGCAUUGUUCUAGUGAUAUUAUUCACAUCAGAACGUGUUCUGACUCUUGUGCUGCCCUCAUGAAUCUCAUACAGUAUAUUGCAAGUUAUGGUGAUUUACAUGCACCCAACAAAACAGAAGUUAAGCCUGCAACUAUCCAAAGGAAAGCAAAGGUGGAUACCACUAGCUGGCCAUCUUCACAAGGUCCAGUACUUCCUGAAGCCGAUCAACAAAUCUUGAGAGAUUUGAUGAGUGAUGCCAUGGAGGAAAUUGAUACACAGCAAGCUGCUUCUCCCAUAAAACCACAGUCCAAUGGUAUUUUGGAUGAAAAAUUACAAACUCAGGAGCCAUCGUCUUGCUCAGAUCUAUUUCUAUUCCCAGAUGAAAGUGGAAAUAUCUCGCAAGAACCUAGUCCCAGCUAUGCCUCAUGCACUCAACACUUGAUUAAUGAUGCAAUAAUAGAUGUACCUUCAGAAAAUGAUGAUUUUUGCAUUCUUUUUGCACCUAAAGUAGCCAUUCAUGAGAAGGAAGAAGAACCAGUAGUGAAAACAAUGGUUGACGAUGGUAUUGUAAUAAUAGAGAAUCAUUUUAGUUUGCCUAUUAAAAAAACAGAUACUAGCAAAGCACCAUUACACUUUCCUAUUCCCAUAAUACGAUAUGUUGUUAAGGAAGUCUCUCUUGUUUGGCAUCUUUAUGGAGGAAAGGAUUUUGGAAUGAUGCUUCCUACAUCUCCAGCUAAAAGUUAUGUUAGUCCACACAGUUCUCCUUCUCACACACCCACAAGACAUGGACGUAGUACAGCAUGUGGAGGAAAAGGAAGGAAUUUUGACUUUUUAAUGGAAAUACAGUUGAGCAAGGUGAAGUUUCAGCAUGAAGUAUACCCACCAAGCAAACCAGAAUGUGAAUCCAGCCUCUUAGAAUAUCCAGUGUCACGCCAAGUGUUUAUUGUUCAGGACCUUGAGAUUCGUGAUCGCCUGGCUACAUCACAAAUGAACAAAUUUUUAUAUCUUUACUGUAGUAAGGAAAUGCCUAGGAAAGCCCAUUCUAACAUGUUAACAGUUAAAGCAUUACAUGUGCGUCCAGAAUCUGGAAAAGCACCACAGGAAUGUUGUUUAAGAGUGUCAUUAAUGCCACUUCGACUCAAUAUUGACCAGGAUGCUUUGUUUUUCCUGAAGGACUUUUUCACUAGUCUUUCUACAGAAGUGGAACUUCUAAUGACUCCAGAUCCAGAAGUUAAAAAAUCUCCUGGAGCUGAUGUUACCUGCAGUUUGCCAAAGCAUUUGAGUGCCUCAAAGGAGCCAAAUUUAGUUGUUUCUUUUCCUGGGCCAAAGCAACAAUGCCAUAAUGGCAGUUCAGUGGAAGUAGUUAAUGGGGAGGAGGAGGAUUUACCUGAAGCAACUCUAUUUACUGAUCAACCUGUGUUUUUUAGAGAAUUUAGAUUCACAUCAGAAGUUCCUAUUCGGCUUGAUUACCAUGGGAAGCAUGUGUCAAUGGAUCAGGGUACAUUAGCUGGAAUUCUGAUUGGUCUUGCUCAAUUAAAUUGUUCUGAAUUAAAGUUGAAGAGGCUUUUCUAUCGACAUGGUUUGCUAGGUGUAGACAAAUUAUUCUCUUACGCAAUUGCUGAAUGGCUUAAUGAUAUUAAGAAGAACCAGCUACCAGGAAUUCUGGGAGGUGUUGGGCCUAUACAUUCAUUAGUACAAUUAGUGCAAGGCCUGAAGGACUUGGUCUGGUUACCAAUAGAGCAGUACCGAAAGGAUGGCCGCAUUGUAAGAGGAUUUCAAAAAGGAGCAGCUUCAUUUGGUACUUCAACAGCAAUGGCUGCUUUAGAACUAACAAACAGAAUGGUUCAAACUAUACAGGCUGCAGCAGAGACUGCUUAUGACAUGGUAUCCCCUGCUACAAUUUCUGUUGACCCCAAAAAGAUGAAAAGACUUUCUCAUCAUCGCUUAGCACAUCAGCCAGUAGACCUGAGGGAAGGUGUAGCUAAAGCAUAUAGCGUCGUUAAGGAGGGUAUUGCAGACACUGCUCAAACCAUCUAUGAAACCGCUGCUCGAGAGCAUGAGAACCGGGGUGUUACUGGAGCAGUAGGAGAAGUUUUACGACAGAUUCCACCAGCUGUAGUUAAACCUUUGAUUGUUGCUACAGAAGCUACAUCAAAUGUUUUAGGUGGAAUGAGAAAUCAAAUUAGACCAGAUGUUCGACAAGAUGAAUCACAAAAGUGGCGCCAAGGAGAGGAUUGAUAACUUCCAACAUGACUCUUUCUGAAGAUAAUGAAAGUGGAAGUAAGGAACAUGCCAUCCCAAUGGCAGUUUUAGAUGGAACUAAUUUAAAUUUACUGUAUUUAUCUCAGGAGAAGAAGCUUUUCUUAGUUAAGCAAUUUCAUAUCAAAACAACUUAUAGCCAAAAACUUCUAAGCAUUUUAGGACAAGUUUGAUACUUGCCUUUAGAAAGGUCUCUUGCUUAUAUGUGAUGAAUAGUUCCACAUGUCCUGGGGUCAUGUAGUUGCUUUUAUUAAAACAAAUUAGUUCUCUUAUGAUAGCUGAAGUAUUAUUGGAAGCAGCCCUUUUAAAACACAUGGAAUUCAAAUGAUUUCGGAGUCCUUAAAGGUUACCUAUCAGUUGUUGUUCUUUGAUAUCUAAAACUAAAAACAUCACAUGUUCAAAGCAUCUGUUUUGGUUGUGAGUAAUAGAAGCAAAUGGAAUUCUCAUUAGGAUGUGUGGAAGACUUACAUCACUGAAAAAGUGAGUUUAAUAUUUAUAUUUUUAAGAGUAAUAUGUGAAUAGGUUAUGAUUUAUAUGCAUAUAUAUAAUAUGUAUGCAAAUCCCCUCUACCCCUCCCUUUAUUCUGAGGGAUUUUGGUGGGGUGGGAAAUGACCAUUUUCAGACAUGUUCUAUUGUGCUGCACUUUAAAUAAUUUAUUCUGCAAAAUGUAUAGAUAAGUACAAGGUCAUAUGCAUUAUCCUUUUGUGAGUUAGAAACUUGCAAAUAUUAUGAAGUGUGAUGAGGAUUUUGACAAAGAAUAAAUACAUAUAUUUAACUGUAAAUGAAAUUGUUCAUUUUGUGCCUGGCUGACUACCCUAAAAAUUAUUUCUAUCUUCAGUUUUAAGCACAAAGAGAUUUUGAACUAGGUAGGAAUAUGUACAAUGGGAGGAAAAGAAGGUUGUAAUUUUUUCUUCUUUUAAAUUAAACAGUAGUAGCAUGCCCCCUGCCCCCAACUAUUUCAAAGUAAAAAUUUUAACAGACUAAGUAUACAUUUUAAUAGCCUGUCACAUUCAAAUAAAUUUAUUUAACAGCAAAAUCAUUUUAUGCAUCCCUAUAUAAUUUACAUUCUUUAGAGUAUGUUCAGAGAAAUUAAAAUAUUUAUCCCAAGAU